GGGUGGGGGUGUGGAUGCAUUUAUGGUGGUGGCAUCUGAUGGUUAGAGGUAAUAUAAGUCAGUGAGGAAUGGUGAAAUCCAAGAAACAGUCUGGCCUUAGUAAUUGCUUCUUCUCCCUUUUUUCUACCCUAUAAAUCCCCUCCACUCUUCCCUCUCUUCUUCUCACAUUCAUCUUUUUCCUCCAUUUUUUUUUCACCAUUUUGACCCUGGGUAGUGUCCGUACAAUUUUCCCUUGUUGAACCACUUGAACUACCCACACCCACCAUUCCUUUCUUCACCCACUUCAUUCAAUUCCAUUAGAUUCUUUCUCUUCUGAAUCUCCCUGAUUCUUUGAAACCAUGGAUUUGGCCGUGGCUUUGUUGUUGUUCAGUGGCGUUACAUGUUAUCUCUUAUGGUUCACCUUCAUUUCCAGAUCCUUAAAGGGUCCCAGAGUGUGGCCGUUGCUGGGGAGCUUGCCGGGGUUGAUCGAGAACGCGGAACGUAUGCAUGAGUGGAUCGCCGACAACCUACGCGCCUGCGGCGGCACGUACCAGACAUGCAUAUGCGCCGUGCCUUUCUUGGCCAGGAAGCAAGGUCUCGUUACAGUAACAUGCGACCCCAAGAAUUUGGAGCAUAUUUUGAAGAACCGGUUCGAUAACUACCCGAAAGGUCCGAAUUGGCAGUCCGUUUUCCAUGAACUUUUAGGGCAAGGGAUCUUCAACUCCGACGGGGACACGUGGCUGUUUCAGAGGAAGACGGCGGCGUUGGAGUUCACCACGCGGACGCUCCGGCAGGCGAUGGGGAGGUGGGUGAACCGGGCGAUUAAACUCCGGUUCUGUCCGGUUCUAGAGACGGCUCAGGUCGAAGGUAAACCGGUGGAUUUGCAGGAUCUGUUGCUCCGCCUCACGUUCGAUAAUAUCUGCGGGUUGGCGUUUGGAAAGGACCCGGAAACGCUGGCGCCGGGGCUGCCGGAGAACACGUUCGCGGCGGCGUUUGACCGCGCCACGGAGGCGUCGCUCCAGCGGUUCAUCUUGCCGGAGGUGAUUUGGAAGGUGAAGAAAUGGCUGCGCCUCGGAAUGGAAGUUAGCCUGAGCAGAAGCUUAGAACAGCUGGAUGAGUAUAUGUCGAGCAUCAUUAAAGCUCGAAGGAUCGAGCUCCAAAACGACAACAACAACAACAUUAAUCUCCACGACGAUCUCCUCUCGCGAUUCAUGAAGAAGAAGGAAUCCUACUCCGACGACAAGGUUCUGCAACACGUGGCGCUCAACUUCAUCCUAGCUGGACGAGACACGUCAUCCGUCGCCCUCUGCUGGUUCUUCUCCCUCAUCAUGCAAAACCCUAGAGUCGAGGAAAACAUCCUCCGCGAAAUCUGCACCGUUCUCGCCGAGACACGCGGCGGAAACUUCGGAGACAAAAUGUCGGCGUGGCUCGACGAGCCGUUGCAGUUCGAGGAAGUCGAUAAAUUGGUGUACCUGAAAGCCGCACUGUCGGAAACUCUCCGCCUCUACCCGUCCGUGCCGGAGGACUCGAAGCACGUGGUCGCCGACGACGUGUUGCCGGACGGGACAUUUGUUCCGGCGGGUUCAUCGGUAACCUACUCCAUAUACUCCGCCGGAAGGAUGAAAUCCACGUGGGGAGAAGACUGCUUAGAAUUCAAACCGGAAAGAUGGUUAACCCCAGACGGGACGAAAUUCAUAAUGCAAGAUCAAUACAAAUUCAUAUCAUUCAACGCCGGUCCAAGAAUCUGUCUAGGCCGGGACUUAGCCUAUCUACAAAUGAAGUCCAUAGCCGCCGCCGUGCUCCUCCGGCACCGCCUAUCCCUCUCUCCCGGCCACCAAGUGGAGCAGAAAAUGUCACUCACCCUCUUCAUGAAAGACGGGCUCAAGGUAAAAGUCCAUCCCAGAGACCUAACACCCAUCGUCUCCGCCAUGAAAGACGAUCAUAACAGAGCUCCGGCCAGCGUUAAAUGCAACGGCGUUAAUGAGGGAGGUACAGAAUCAACAGAAGGGUAAUUAAGGUUGUUGGUAAGGUGGUUGGGAGGAUUUAAGGAUUGGUUUGGUGUUGAUUAAAUUGUGGGUAGAAAUGGUAGCUGAAUGGGAUUUAAGCAUGAAUGAAUUGAACCGGGUUUAAUGGCGUAUGGAUCUGACAAUGGGGAGAGGUGUUCACAUGGAGGAUUAAUGUUGUGGCGAGCUGUGAGGAGUUAAGGUUGGCUCCUCAUCAGACAUAAUUCUCAUGAACGUACAUCUCAUUCAUUAAUAUUGCAGACAGGGGGGUUGGACCGAGUUAAGGUUGGGGAGACAAUCCUCAAAUUUUUCUGCGUGUAUUUACUCUUCUAUUAUUCUUUUUUCUUUUUCCUUAUUUUAUGUUAAAUUAUUCUUAUUUUUCUUGGCAUAAGAUUACCCAAAAAAUUCUUUGUACCUUUGCUUUGUAAUAUUAUUUUACGUACUACUAUUGGGUAUGUUGAUUCUUUCGUCUUCCUUGUAUGUCAGUCUGCAGUGUUAGCUUU